AAUAGAUGUGUUAACGGUGAAGUAAGUUUAAAAGAAAAAUAUAGAAAAGAGAAUAUGAAUAAUAAAAUCGACCCCGUCAGUUCAUCUUAAGUGGAGCAGAGAGAUGCUAAAGGCGAUGACGUUUUUGCUAAUUCACGUUAGCUUCACUUGCUAGCUCACAACUCUUGAUGGGACUGGGUCAAAAUAAAAGGGGAUUAAAAAAAAAAUGUCUCACUGGAUCUGCUGUAACUCCUGCUUUCUUCCGCCCUCCUCCGAGCGCAGACUGGCCCUCACGACGUGCGGACAUCUCAUAUGCAGUAUUUGCUACCACAAAGGUAAACGAGGCGAGUGUUUAAUAUGCAGCAAACAAUGUCAAGUGUCACCUCUCACUGACCAAACCAGCCCUGAAGUGAAGGCCCUGUUCUCCAACAUCAACGCUGUGGCAAAAAAACAUUUUUCAGAAAUCAGCAAAGUGGUAAUGUUCCAGGCAAGACAUCAGAAAAGACUGCUGACACACUACCAGAAAAGGAAUGAAAAGCUAGAGGAGGUCCUUGUCAAGAUGAAGCAGGAAAUGCAGCAAAUGGCCAAGAAACUGAACGAACAGAGUGCCUACAUUGCAAAACUGGAAUAUUCUCUUCAAAGUUCAAUAUCCAUGUCUCAAAUGAGCCACAGCUCCCAAACCUCACAUGCACGGAAAGCAGUGGUGCAGAUACCAUUCAACUCCCCCGUGUCGCUCUCCAGACAUUCCUCAUCGAGUAACAUUGCUGACAACAUGGAAGUGGAUGAACGGAUAUUCAAGAAACCUGUGAAUGUCCCCAGACUGUCACUGAUCAGCCCUCCACACGGUGGAUGCAUGGGCACUGUUCCUCACAGGACGUCCAGCCAGAUAACGCUGGCCAACCACUCCACGUACUCAGCCACAUCGCAGUCAAAGAACACAGAUGAGCCCAAACGUCUCCCACAGUCAAAUAUCUGGUUGGAAUUCUCCCAUCUUCAAGACUUCCCAGCCUUUCAGACACUCGUCUUUUUCCUCCCAGAUGCACCUUCUUCCUUAGCAGGUGGCCAUACACAUCACGUCCACAUGCACGCUAUCAGUGUUAGUCAGCGUGCUGAGGAUUCUGUGGCGUCAGAGUUUAUCAAAAGCAAUUCAUUAAAGUCUACAUAAAACACAUCGACAGAGCACUUCAUGGGGCAGUCCAACAAUGCAGGAAUCUUAAUUUCACUGUAUAUCAACAAAGGUGUACAAUUUGCUGUAAUUGUGUGCAUAGUUUGCUGUGUGUUUCCUAAUAUUUUGACUUUCCCAGAGAAGUUUCAUAAGAGAAGAAACCACCAGCACCUGUUCUAUUCAUGCAGAUAAACUGGGAUUACAUGAACAAAACCUGCAUUUUACCGGCUUCGACAAAGACAUCCAGACGUCAAAGUGGGGCUGAAUGGGGAGGCAGCAGUUAGCUCCCUUUGUGUGUGUAUGUGUUUGCGUGUGUGGGUGUGCGUGUGUGUGUGUUUGUGGGUGUAUGUGGGUGAGACCUCACCUCUACAGUAAAUUUGUGAGAGCUACAAGUAAAGGCAAAGAGCAAAAGUGUAACUUCUUGGAAACAUGAUAUCACAUGAAGUCAUGGCAGGAAGGAAAACAUGAUGGCGGCGGGACAGUUUGAUGCGCUCAGACACGUCCGCCAGUCCUCUUUCUUCUUCUAUUGUCCUCGCUUGUCAGUCUACUGAAUGGAGGCUCAGGUGUGUGUGUGUUCCAGGCCUGUGCACGCCACCGACAUGCUAUUACUAUGUGUGUGUGUGUGUGUGUGUGUGUGUGUGUGUGUGUGUGAGUGGUUAAAUUAACACUAUUGUAGAGAGGCAACAGGCCUGAUCCUCCUCUUCUGCGCUCUGCUGGCCUUGAGCUUGUUUCCUGUUUUUUAAGGUCCACUUAGAAAAGAGUAGACCCUCCACACAUUCCCCCCACACCCACCCCAAGCAGAGUUGCAAGAAGUGACAAUGGAAGAUAAUACUUCUUUAACCUUUUAUGCCCAAAGUAACACAGUACCCUGCGCAACAGGGCUCUCACUAUGUUGUGAUAUUUCUAGACAAGAAGAUUGGCGAGUGUUUAGGAUGUUGGCCUCACAUUCAGGAGAUCGUAGGUCCGUAUCUCUGUUGGAGCAUCUCUGUGUGGGUUUUGUAUGUUCUCCCAUGUGUGCCUGGGCUCUCUCCGGGUACUCUGACUUCCUCCAAAAUUCCAAAAAUAUGCAUGUUAGAUUAAUUGGAGACUCAAAAUUGCCCAUAGGUGUUGAAUGUGAGUGUGAAUGGUAGUUUGUCUAUAUCUUUGUCAGCGACUGGCUGGUGACCAGUCUAGGGUGUAUAUCACCCCUCGCCAGCUGUGAUAGACUCCAGCAUACCAGCCACCCUAGUGAGGACAUGCAGUACAGAAAAUGGAUGGAUGGAGGCGAUUUCUGUGUAUGAAUGCUGGCACUGAGCUCAAAUGCUGUAUGGAAUAGUGGGAAUUUUUGGGAUGUGUAAAAUUGUAAGCCGGAAUGUUUUUAUGCUGGAAUAGUUGGAAUGGAAAUUUGGGAAAAUGCUGUUUAUUUCAUUGGUAAUAUUUGGCUGGAAAAUGUGGAUUUCCGGGAAAACCAGGAAUUUCAAAAAUCGAUAGUGUUCUAGUAUCUAUCUUCUAUCAUAAUCAUUAUGGAAAAUGUGGAAAUUUGGUAAAAGUACGUACACCUUUUUGGGAUGUGGAAUAAGUGAGGGGUAUCAUGUUGGAAUGGUUUGAAUUGGUUGAGAAAUGUGGAAUCUGCAAAAAUGGUCCAUUUUCUCUGGGAAUUUUGCUCCAAAACAAAGUGAAAUUACGAGAGUGGGAAAUUUGGGGAUGUGGAAAAUUGUCUGCCUGGAUGUUUUGAUGAUGGAAUGGCUUGAAGGGGUUUAAAAAUGCCAACAUUUCAAUUGGUAUUUUUGGCCCGGAAAUUGUGGGAUUCUGGGAAAAACAGGAAUUUGAUGGAUAUGGAAAAUAGAUAGCCGCUUUGAUGUGAAUGAGCUGAAUGUUUUGGUGUUGGAAUGGUUUGAAUUGUUUGAGAAGUGUGGAAGUGGCAAAAAUUCUUAAGCUGUGGAAACCAUGGAAUUUUGGGAAAAGUGGUCAUUUUUGGAAUGUGGAAACUUGUUGGGCCAAAUUAGAGCUGCAUCAAUUAAUCAAUUAACUGAUGGUUAGCCGAUGGUUAAUCGAUUACCCAAUUAAUUGACAACUAUUUUGGUAAUCGAUUCAUCGUUUUUUUAUUUAAAUAUGUACAUAUCCUCUGAUUUCAGCCUUUCAAAUGUGAAUAUUUUUAAAUUUCCUUAGUCAUCCAUGAAAGCAGACCUAUUAUCUUUGUGUUUUGGCCAGAA